AUGGCCCUCGCCGCCCUGGAGGGCGACGGCGGCGGCGGCGGCAGCGGCAGCGGCGGCGGCUCUGCACAUCAAAGCAGCGGCCGAGCGCACAGUAGCGGCGACAGCGGCGCAGCAAACGGAGCGGCAAACGGCGUGAAGGCGGCGGCGGGCGGGGACGAGAAUCCUGAUGAUGAGUCGCGCGUGCAGGAGCUGACCGGGCGCGCGUACGUGUCGGCGCGCGUGUCGCAGCUUGCCGCCGCCAACCGGCCGGCGGUGAGGGGUGCCUUGGAGGCGGCGCUUGGCCCCGACCGGGUGAAGGGGGGGGAGGGGGCGAUCUACUUUUUUGCGCAGCUGCCCGAAGAGUUCGAAUUGAGGGAUGAGGACGUGGUCAGGUGGCUGGUGAAGCGUGCCGGCGUGUGCGUGGUCCCAGGCUCCGCCUGCCAGGCGCCCGGCUGGCUGCGCGUCGGCUUCGCCAACCUGACCCCCGCCAAGUGCGGCGACGCGGCUGCGCGGCUGCGGGACGGACUGCGGGAGCUGGUGCAGAGGGGGCUCGCGGCGCUGGACGAGGACCUGUGA